AUGCUCCUCCCGCUUCCUAGAGAGGGAGCCGAGGGUCGCGCCGGGGUUUGUGACGCACUAUCGGCCGCGCUACCGGACUUCCGGUCCCAGAGACAACUGAGUCCUGGACUUCCGCACAGCUCUGGAAUCUCAGGCACCAACCGCCGCGGGACCCAGAACUUCACGGAAAGUAAUCUCCCCUCCACCUUUCCCCUCUGAUCAGGGUUUGUGGCUUUGUAGAUCUGAAGUAUUUUCCAAUCAAAGCAAAGAGAAGAUUUGUGGAUGUUGAAAAUGCAAGGAGCUGAAGCCAGAGUGACUGAAAGGGAGACUUUCCAAGAUUGGAGGAACAAGACUGUUCUAGAACAUGAUGUAUGUGAAAAUAAUUCACCACAGAUCAUAGCAAAGAGAUUCCAAGAAGACGAAUACCAGGAUUCUACAUCUGAAGGAAAGCACGGCUGUGAGGGCACGAAGGAGAACUCUCCCGGAGAGGUUCCCGGGCCGUGCCUUUUUCAGAAGGGCGGCUUCGGGGGAAUAACCUUCAUCCACAAAGAUGCAUGUCCCGAAAUGAUCAGUCAGGAGUAUAAUAUCACUAAGAGCUUCCUUUUGACCUCAAGCCUUGUUACACAUCUCAGGGUGUCUACGGAGGAGAGCCUGCACCAGUGGGAAGCAGGUGACGUACACGCCAGUGAGAUUUCCAGCCAAAGUAAAUGUGUGACUUUUUCCACUCAGAAAAAAGCUUGGAAGUGUCAUGAGUGUGGGAAGAGCUUUACUCAGAGCUCAUCCCUUACCCAGCACCAGAAGACUCACACUGGAGAGCGGCCCUAUGCGUGUGCAGAAUGUGGGAGAGCAUUUAGUCGCAGUUCAUUUCUAGUUCAGCAUCAAAGAAUUCACACUGGAGUGAAACCACAUGAGUGUGAGCAGUGUGGGAAAACAUUUCGAUGCCGAUCAUUUCUCACUCGGCAUCAGCGAAUCCACACCGGGGAGAAGCCUUACAAGUGUGUCGAGUGUGGGAAUUCUUUCCGCAGCCAUUCGUAUCUCACCGAACACCAGAGAAUUCACAGUGGAGAGAAGCCCUUUAAAUGUGAUAGAUGUGCAAAGGCGUUCCACCAGAACACACACCUUGUUCACCACCAGAGAAUUCACUCUGGGGAAAAGCCUUAUUUGUGCAACGACUGUGGCUCUUCUUUUCGCAAGCACUCAAACCUUACCCAGCAUCAGAGAAUUCACACUGGGGAAAAACCUCAUCAGUGUGAUGAAUGUGGGAAAACCUUCCAAACAAAGGCAAACCUGUCUCAGCAUCAGAGGAUUCAUACUGGAGAGAAGCCCUACAAGUGUAAGGAAUGUGGCAAGGCCUUCUGUCAGAGCCCAUCUCUUAUUAAACACCAGCGAAUUCACACUGGUGAAAAACCUUAUAAGUGUAAAGAAUGUGGCAAAGCUUUUACCCAGAGCACCCCGCUCACAAAGCAUCAGAGAAUCCACACUGGGGAGAGGCCCUACAAGUGCAGCGAAUGUGGCAAAGCAUUCAUUCAGAGCAUUUGCCUCAUUCGCCACCAAAGAAGUCACACUGGAGAAAAACCCUACAAAUGCAACGAAUGUGGAAAGGGCUUCAACCAAAAUACCUGCCUCACGCAACAUAUGAGGAUUCAUACUGGAGAGAAGCCCUAUACGUGUAAGGAAUGUGGGAAAGCCUUUGCACAUAGCUCUUCUCUUACUGAACAUCACAGGACUCACACUGGUGAGAAGCUGUAUAAAUGUAGUGAGUGUGAGAAAACUUUCCGCAAGUACGCGCACCUGAGUGAACACUAUAGAAUUCACACUGGUGAGAAGCCUUAUGAAUGCAUUGAAUGUGGAAAGUUCUUCAGACACAGUUCCGUCCUUUUCAGACACCAGAAACUGCACAGUGGUGAAUGAUUCUGACACACAGGUUGUGACAGUUUCUCUUGAGAUGGUGACUAGUAACCUGGCUGGGAGGAGAGGCCGGGAGAAGGAUGAAGGACGCUUGGCUGCUCCGUUCUGAGGGGUACUGCAGAAAUGGGGGUGGGACUUGGGUAAUAGGACCAAGUCCAAGUGGAUACCUGGGAAUAGGGGACAGAAAGGAAAUUCCAACUUUGACAUAAGAUUUGGGCCACCAGCCCUCCCUCUCCAUGACUCAAGGCAUGUGUGCCUCUCCCAAACUCCUAACCACUUCUCUGACCUUGUCACCUGUAUGCAUUGGCUUGGGGGGAUUGAUUUCCAAACAUUGUGCAGGUGGCAGCAGUUCUGAUGCAGGAUUUCGCUUGAGGGUAGCUUCCAGAUGCUUAUGGCUUCCUGCACAUACCCAUGUGGGAAGGCUCUGACCUGGAAAGUGGUCCUGUGAAAGAGAGAAAGAAGUGAAAAAAAUAAUAUGUAUUUAUUCAUUGAACAAGGGGAUAGUGGCAAGACCCAGCUUGCUCUUUAUCGAUUCCUUGUAGUGAGGAAGGCUUGUGUCAGGGUGAGGGAAACCUUUCUGGUCCUUGGAAUCUUAUGGGUCAGUUGGGCUAAGAAGGAAGUAGGAGAUCAAGUAUUUGCUAUUUCCUGGGAAGGCAGAACUGUCUGUAGAUGGGACAGGGAGGAAAUCCUAGCUUAUGUCAGAGAAGAACACUUACCCAGAGAAGAAAUGGUCUCUGGGAGAUGGCUAGUGAUAGAGAAGAGGCAUCAGAGCUGAGAACCUGCAUGUGACUGCAGGCCACAUAGGAAAACAAAACUUUGCUGUGGCUUCAGGUGUACACAAUAACUUGAAGCUUGGUUCACAGAGACCAGGGGAGAGUGUCCUGCCUAAACUAACAGUAUCCCAACAAAAAGUGACGUAAGGGAUUUAGCUCAGUGGCCCUGCACUUGCAUCACAAGCACAAGGUCCGGAGUUCAAUCCCCACUACCAAAAAGGACUUACUGGCUUUCAAGUGAAAACAGUGAUGAAGGAGGACAGCUUAUUAGGCUGCCUAGAAUUUGGGGACUGUGGGGUUAGUCCGUAAUAAAGUGUUAACAUUUGUCAUGGAAUUAUGGGGCAAAAUGUUCUUAAGAAAAUCACCUUUGUCAAGUUUCCAAAAAUUAAGAUAUCACAGGUUGCUACUGACUGAUCAUAUUUUAUUUUGAGAAAAAUGAUAGUUUCUAAAUUUCCCCAGCCCCUUUUACCUUCCAGAAGCUGAACUGCAGAAGUGAGGAUAGCUUUUGACCAGUGCAGUGGUGCCUUGGUUCCCAAACUUAACUUGUCCUACACUUUUGGAAAAGGUUGCCAUAUUUGUAUUCGUGUGGGAAAAGUGGCCACCGUUGUAUUUGUCACCUAAUGCAGAUUUUUCAAGCAAAAGAAAUUUUGUGUUUCUGUCUGCAAACCAAAUUGUUUACAAACAAGCAUUCAGGAACCAACAUACCACUAUAUUUGGCAUAGUUUCUAAGCUCUGAAGCAUAGUUUUAAAAUAGGUCUUUAAAAACAACUAAAAUAAGUUCAUUCUAGAACACCUGGUUAUUUGUAACCCAGCACUUAUUUUUCCUGCACAUUUGUCCUCUGUUGGUUUGGGCCCAUAGCGAUGACUCAUGGGAAUGUAGAAAUAAUGGAUUUGCUUUCCCUUCUCUAGCACGAGGAUGCUGUUCUUAAAACCUGCCACAGAGGAGUUCGUAAUUGAGGAAAUUAAUACCUUACUGACAGAAAUGACCCUAGGAUAUCUUCCUAUUUUAUAUUCAUGAAAAUACACUGUCAAUAGGUUUAUAUAUCCUAAAUGAAAAUAACACUACAGAAUUUCUGGCACAAAGCAAAUGUUCAGUAAAUAUUUGGUGAAUUAAUAUAUUUCAAAUCUCUGCCUACUAAAAGGACUUCCUGAUGUGUAGGUAUUGAGUGUAUAUUUGCACAAUACUAUUUUUGAAAUCUCACAUGGAGAAAAUGGAGUUUCCUCGAGAAAUAGGAAAAAUUUAAAGGUGAAAGACACCUAAUAAGUACUUGUGAAAAUGCUUUCCUAAAAUUGAGUGAACAUGACCCUGCAUAUUUAAUCCUCACACCGGAAAUAUCUGGCACAUUUUUACUUCAUGCGCAGAGAGGAAGUAAAGAUCUCAUCUUCCCUGCCCGCACCCAAUGUUCUGUCACCUGGCCGCUUCUGCUUUUUCUUCUGUUGCUGGCUGUGAGCACCCAGCCAUUCCGGUGUGGCCUUUCCCCCAGGAAUUGCGUGGCCCUGCCGCCCUCCCCCCACUCAGUUUCAGAGCCAACCAACCACAAUCAUGACGCCAGCUUCAUGCCUGUUGCUUUGGUAAAACCCUUGCUUCCUGCACUGUUUCUGAUUUUUCUAAUGGUCUCCCAAUUUCUUGUCCCACUAAGUUUUUUAAUAUUUCUUCUGGAUGAUCUUUGUAAGCAUAACUGGAAGCUUAUUUAUUUUACCUUAGAAUAAAGUCCUACCCCUCCAAAGGGACAUGAGAGUCCCUCAUCAGGCCCAUGCCACCAUCUUGUCCUCAGUUGCCAGUCCUUGCUCAGCUGUUCUGUUUUACAGUGCAUGUUCUGCAAUUCUCUAGUGUUUGAACUCUGACUUUUUUUUUUUUUG